AUGGCCAUGCUUCCCAUGCGCUGGGCCGCAGCAACCGCUCCUGGGCGGAGGCACUUUGCGGCGGAGGCGCCUAAGGUGACCAACAAGGUCUUUUUCGACAUGUCCAUUGGCUCUGAGAAGGCCGGCCGAAUUGUCAUGGGCCUUUACGGAGAGACGGUGCCGAAGACCGCGGAGAACUUCCGUGCGCUUUGCACCGGUGAGAAGGGAUUCGGCUUCAAGGGCUCCAAGUUCCACAGGUCCAAUCGGCAGCGUGGCUUGGAGGUGUCACCCCUGUGGCUUCUCCAAAAGGCCAAGAACCACACCGGCUACGGCGGCACGGCAGCAAACCGUUGGGAUGGCCGUGUGAACCCUUCAGAAGUGCAGAGCUCUGCUGUGUCCGGGGACACCCCAGACUGGUUCAUAGGCCCCAGGACGUUUGAAGGGCCUUUCCAUUGCAAGUCGGUGCCGGUGAGAAGGUGUCCGGAUGUGAAGUGCCUGCCCACUGGUGAGCUGGUCUACACCACGAAGACCUUUCAUCAAGGACACUUCCUGGAUAUCUCGGAGGUGCAUCGCAGCUACGACGGCAAGGGUCGGAUGCUGGGGGAGCCGAAGAGAGUCACUCUGGCUGGCUCCUCCCCUCCGCAGAUGCUGCUUCAGUACCCCGAAAUGAAGACACCGCCGUGGUUGGAAAAGGCGAACACCAAUCCAGCCAAGACCAAUCACUUGGCGCACGGCGGAUGCUCAGUGAUCAAUGAUAGCUUAGGUAGUAGCUCGAGGGGGAAGAUCUAG